UGAUGGUGUCCAUGCAGGCGAUGAACACCAAGAAUCCUUGAUGCGACAAGACAACAUCUUUUUGUCACCACAGCUCUGAGAGCGUGAGAGGAAGACAAGAAGAUGAGUGUCGGAGCAUGAGGGCGAGGACGAGGGGGUGUGGUCAGAGCCUCGCCACAUUUCUCCCGGACUGGCCCCGCCCCCGUGGCCCAGGCGCAGUGUCAGCGUGUGUGUGAGCGCCCACACGGUGAUGUGAUGAACAAGUUUGAGGUGCUCGGCAUUGUGGGUGAAGGGGCCUAUGGAGUGGUACUGAAGUGCAGACAUAAGGAGACCAACGAGCUGGUGGCCAUCAAGAAGUUCAAAGAUAGUGAAGAGAACGAGGAGGUGAAGGAGACCACACUGCGGGAGCUGAAGAUGCUGCGCACACUGAAGCAGGACAACAUCGUGGAGCUGAAGGAAGCAUUCCGUCGCAGAGGAAAACUCUACCUGGUCUUUGAGUACGUGGAGCGGAACAUGUUGGAGCUGCUGGAAGAACUUCCCAACGGUGCUGCAGGAGACAAAGUCAGAAGUUACAUCUACCAGCUCAUCAAGGCCAUCAACUGGUGUCACAGGAAUGACAUCGUGCAUAGAGACAUCAAACCAGAGAACCUGCUCAUCAGUUCUGAGGAUGUUCUCAAGCUUUGUGACUUUGGUUUUGCCCGGAACUUGUCGGAAGGAACCGAUGCCAACUACACGGAGUACGUGGCCACCAGGUGGUACCGCUCACCUGAGCUGCUCCUGGGAGCGCCCUACGGCAAGGCGGUGGACAUGUGGUCAGUGGGGUGCAUUCUGGGAGAGCUGAGUGACGGACAGCCCUUGUUUCCUGGGGAGAGUGAGAUUGACCAGCUGUUCACCAUCCAGAAGGUUCUAGGAGCACUUCCUGCUGAGCAGAUGAAACUUUUCUACAACAAUCCUCGCUUUCAUGGAAUCAGGUUCCCCUCAGUGACGCACCCUCAGACCCUGGAGAGAAGGUACCAGGGCAUUUUGAGUGGCCUGAUGGUGGAUCUUAUGAAGAACCUGCUGCUCCUCAACCCCACCGAGCGCUUCCUGACGGAGCAGAGCUUGAACCAUCCUGCCUUCCAGCCUCUCAGGCAGCAGGAGCGAGAGAGGAGCUCCGUGUCCUCACCCAACCCCUCUCGCUCCUCCAAGAGGAAGACUCACCACCACGGGGAGAACACCGUCCCCACCAGGAGUCACAACAAGACGUCCAGCCAGCGUCGCUCCAGCAGCAAAGAAUGUUCCAGCCUCCCUCGGCACGGAGACCUCCAUCACCUUGGCAACGAGAGUUUUGUCAACGGCAACAAAGCCCCGUCCAGUCUGAGUCCGACCCUCUACCCCAAGACCCAGUACCUGUCCCAGACCCUCAACCGCUCCAGCAAAGACCUGACCAACAACAACCUGCUCAGCCCCAAAGAAGUCGCCAACCAGACGACGUUCGACUUCAGUCCGGGACCGUCGGCCAAGUUGUCGGAACAAGGCCAAGGAGCAAAGUACAAGACCCCCGCCUCUUCUCGCGCUCAACUACAACAACAACAACAACAACAACAACAACAACAACAACAAGGUGGGCGGCACACCUCCAACACCCUGCAGUCAGCUGGAGAGAAACAACAUGGCCGACACUCCCACAACAUGGCCGACUCCGCCCAUGGAUCCAUGUCGUCCUCGUCCAAAAGCUCCGCCUCCUACCUGAGCUUGUCCAAGAGCCACGGCGCUCUGAGCGACGCCAAGUCUGUGGGCAACCUCAGUGAUGGCCGCCCGCACCACGACGACGCCAACGCCAACGCCAACGCCGCGGUCGCACCGAGCGCUCGCUUCUUCCCCGCCAGCUGCCUUGACCUCAACGCCCCCUCGGGAGCGCCGGGGCCUCCUGGCAGCCCCUCGCCACGCCACACCGAGCGCUCGGGACAUAGCCCCGCCUCCCGCGGCGCCGGAAACGUCCGCCUGGAGAGCAGCACGCUGGACUCCUCCUCCAGACACAAAUCCAGACAUAAAUCUGUGGCUCCAGACGAGUCCAAGGCUGCAGAGCUGCUGGACCCAGGACCAGGACCAGGACCAGGAGGUGGUGUGGGGGUGUCGUGCACUCGCACCCUUCCUUCCCCACACGAGUCCUACCAUUACGGGCUGGGCUACACCUCGCCCUUCUCCUCCCAGCAGCGCCCGCAGCGCCACUCCAUGUACGUGAGGAGAGAGCGCCACCGGCCUCACGGCGUACAAUCCAAUAUGGCGGGCUUGCCCCCCCCGGGGCAGGCGGUCCCGACACGAGCCAGUAGUCUGCAGCUUCUGUCCCCACAGCUGCAGCACCGCACCACCCACUCGGGAAGCUCCUCCCGUGAGGACUGCAGCGACACCAGGGUGAGUGACACCAGGGGCGAGCCGUCCCCUAAAGACCUGAACCACCCGUGUGCCGCCAUCUUGGACUCCACCGCUGCCUUCCACGCUCAGAGGUCCAAACACGAGGUGGCGAUGUAUCACGACCCUCAUGGCGAGGAGGGCGUGUCCUCCAAGGAGAACCGGAUGAUCUUCACCGAGUCCAUGCCAAGGAGAGUUGGCAGCUUCUACAGAGUCCCGUCCCCCAGACCGGACAACUCCUCGUCUUUCCAUGAGGGUGUCGGCCAGGUCCGAGGACCGGGGGCACCCGUUGUCCCCGGCAACCCCGUCUCCAUGGCCAACCACGCCAAACGCCAAACUGCCUUUGAUUGGACGUGUGCAGAAGCCAUGGUGAUGAAUCCUCCUGAGGCCGUGAAGGAGAAAGGAAGAGCAAGUUUCUUCAGGGCCAUCAAGAAGAAAAAGAAGAAGACACAAAUAACCGACAUGGCGGACGGCAGGAAUCCAAGCAUCAAGAAGAGUCUUUUCCCUCUCUUCAGUUCCAAGAACAGCCUGAAGCACACCUCAGCUGGGAAGGUCUUACCUGUGGUGGCCUCACAGCCUCCUCCACCUUACCCUUCAGCAGUUCCUGCACAAGAUCAUGUGUCCCUGCAGAGGAGCUCCAAGGCGUCGUCGUCUCACCACGGAAGUCGAGGGAAGAACCGAGAGAGAUCUCGGGACAGAGAGAGAGAACGAGAGCAGAGUCGAGAGCGGGAGAGAGAGAGAGACAGAGAGAGAGAAAGGGAGAGAGAGAGAGAAAGAGAGAGAGGGAGAGAGAGAGUGAAGGAGUGGCCAGCAGACAAAGUAGUGGACUCUCACUCUCACUCUCACUCUCACUCUCACUCUCACUCUCACUCUCAGAGCCAACCCCUGAAGUCCUUGCGUAGGCUCCUACAUCUGUCGCCUUCCUCGCCAAACCAAGGAGCGGGUCCUCCUCCACCUCCUCCUCCGGACCUGCGCUUCCCGCCGCCUGCCCCCGGCGCCCCCCAGUCCUCCUCCAAGGCCCCGUACCCCGAGGUCAGAGGGCACGCGGUGAGCACUUCCUCUCAGGCCAAAGGUCGCCAGGCCCAGCUGGAGUCGGCCUGGCACGCGUCGGCGCUGCAGCGGGCGGACGGCGUUCAGCUGACGGCCGAGCAGCUGGGCAUGAACGGACCCGCCUUCACUCGUGCCUCACGCGGCAGGAUGCCCAACCUCAAUGACCUGAAGGAGACCGCCCUCUAAACCUUCACAAUAAAAGCAUUUGCCUGAUCCCACUUUAGUUCCACAUCUUGUAGAAGAACUUUCAGGUGAUGCUGCCAUCUUCUGGUCACGCCACACAACUGCAGCACAUCCAAAUCCUUUCUUUCAUAUGAAAAUGAUUUCCUCCAAGGAUAUAAGCUAUAAAUAUGAUUAUUAUUAUUAUUAUUAUUAUUAUUACCAGAGCUUUACUUUGACACACACACAGUAGAUAUUUAAGACUAUUUAUCACUUAUGUAUUUCUUUUGUCUUUCAUCAAAUCAUUGUAAUAACAUUCAAAAAUCAUUAUAAUAUUAUUUUAAAAAUAUCAUCAUAACAUUCAAAAAUCAUUCAAAUAACGUUCAAAAAUCAUUCUAUUAUUCAAAAAUCAUCAUCAUAACAUUGAAGAGCAGGAAGAUGAUUACUGUAAGACUAAUGUUCAUUGCUGCUUUGUUGAUGUUUACCAACAACAAUAUUUUGCUUUGUUUACAUUUGCCAACAAGAGUAAUUGACUUUGUUUACAUUUACCAACAACAAUAUUUUGUUGUGUUUAUAUUUACCAACAACAAUAAUUUGCUUUGUUUAUGUUUACCAACAACAAUAAUUUGCUUUGUUUAUAUUUACCAACAACAAUAGUUUGCUUUGUUUAUG